AUGUUUAAGUGGGCGCAGCAACAGCUGGCCAAUGUCGCUGGUACCCAGGAGCCCAUCUAUGGGUCCUCGGCCAUCAAGUCUGUUGCUGAGGAAGCCAAGGAGACGCCGUACUCGGAACUGACGCGGGAUGACCUAAAAUGGAAGGGCAUGGAAUCGACCUGCGUCGAAACACAGACCUUUUAUUUCACUUCGGAUAGCGGUCAUUUCGGCAUGGCCCAAGUCAUAUAUAGUAACGUGGCCGGCAUCCGAACGACCUGCCAGUUCAAUUCCAAGGUCUUCUCCCUCGACGGAUCGAAGCCUCACCUGUGGUGCUCGACGGCGCUUAACAAUCACGAUUUCACCGAAGACAGGACAGGGUUCUAUGCCGACGACUGCGCCAUAGAGUUGUCGGAAGAUGGGACAACGUACACGAUCAAGUCGAUGAACGACGAGCGGUCCAUUGUGAAUUUGACGGUCAAGAGAAUCGCACCGGGGUUCCAGGUCGGGAAGACUGGUACUACGCUGUUUGGCACGGACCUAUCCGACCCGUGGGGCUCCAUGCGCCACGUCUUCUGGCCGAGGUGUGCCGCUGAAGGAACGAUCACUACUCCGGAUGGCCCGGUCGACUUCAAGGGAAAGGCCCUCUUCGUCCACGCGCUCCAGGGCAUGAAGCCGCACCACGCUGCGGCAAAGUGGAACUUUGUCGACUUCCAGGGACCCACCCACUCGGCCGUCAUGAUGGAGUACACGACCCCUGCUUCAUAUGGCUCAACGGUGGUAAAUGUUGGAGGCAUUGCCAAGGAUGGCGAGAUUGUGGUUGCUGGCAGCGGAAGCACGGCCACGUACGUGGAGUCGAAAGAGGACACCGAGAGUGGCUGGGUGGAGCCUACCAACGUCAAGUGGACAUGGAGCGGGACUGGCAAGGAUGGAAAGCCCGUCGAGGCGCUCGUCGAGGGCUCGAUCGAGGACAGGCAGGAUAGGGUCGACGUGAUGGCCGAGGUCCCGGCAUUUGUCAAGAAGAUUAUUGCUGGCGCGGCUGGCACGAAGCCAUACAUCUACCAGUACAUGCCUCAAAAGUCUAAGCUGAGCCUCAAGUUGAAGAUUGGAGGAGAUGAGAUCACCGAAGAAGGAGAGUCGUACAGCGAGGCUACUUUCAUCACUGAGUAA